CCAAGCUUCUAUUGCAUUGGUUGUUUUAGCGAGCAUCGUGGUUUCCACUAUUUUCAGUUAUCAGCCAUUUAUCAAAAUCCAACUCUUUCCAGGAACAGGUUGGGAUAAAGUUUCUGCGCUGUGUAAUUUGAUCGUUUAAUAUUAGUCGAAAGUUACCUUUACGUCGUAGCAUAUCGGAUUUUUUAUUUGCUAACACGUUAAAAUGAGUACUGAAGGUGAUGGGUUUGCAAACGUUCAACCUGAUGCUAAAGAGCAUCAAGAACAUCCAAAUCAAAAUCAGAGGUUCAGUAGAGGCCACAGGAAAUCAGAUUUUGAAAUCGUUGUUGAUAAACUUCGUCAGAUUCAAAUACCGGCUGUAGAUUUGCCGCCCAACAAGUACAACGACAAGUUUUUAGGACGGUACAGGCUAUACAUUCACAACCUAGCUAAGACUGCUACCCAAGAUGAUAUCAAAGAGCUUCUAAAGCCAUAUGGAGAGAUAGGAAACAUCUUCCUCCAAAAUAACAAAACUUUUGCCUUGGUUCAAAUGGACUACUAUUACAAUGCUUUGAGGGCUAAAAGCGAGCUACAUGGUACCAUGUUGAAGGAAAGGAAGAUUUAUAUCUCAUUCUCCCCAUUCGCCAGCAUUGUGGUGAAAAAUUUAUCACCUUUUGUAACGAACGAGUAUCUCCAUUUGGCAUUUUCCGUCUUUGGAGACAUCGAAUUCUGCUGCGUUUUUGCAAACAAGCGAGGUAAAUCUACAGGAGAGGGACUUGUCGAUUUUGUGAAGAGAGGAUCAGUUGUGCUAGCUAAGAGGUUGUGUUCUGAAAAUCCAUUUUUUCUUACCGCUUCAUUGAGACCAAUUGAAAUUGAAGAUUAUGUGCCUCCUCUGGACACCUGUGAUGGAUUAUCUGAAGAUAAGGUACGAAAUCAUCCGCAACUGUAUCAAGAGAGACAAUUUGGUCCCAGAUUUGCUUGUGAUGAUACAUUUGAAAGAAUGUAUGCGGGUCGUUUCAGGGAAUUACGUAGCAAUUUUAAUAGCAAAAUGGAACAGUUAAAGCUUCAGCUGCAAGAAGAAGAGAAAGCACUGGAGACGGAAUUGAUGCAGGCCAAGUACGAUUACGAAACAGAACGCCUUAAGGAGAUAAUCCGGCAGCGAGAAACGGAGAGAGAGCGUCUAUGGAUUCAAAAUCGUGAGGACAACAGCUAUCGUCCUCCGGAUAAUUUGUUUCAUCAGGCAAGUCAGCUGAGUAGCAUACUGGAUGUAGAAGAGAGAAAAAUUCAGGAGCAAUGGAACAAGACGACCUAUGGAUGGGAUUCAGAAUAUCAAAGGGCGGGACCCUCUGGGAGCAGAAGGAAAAAUCCUGAAGUGAUUGUUCAUUGCGCAAAAAAGGAGAGAUUAUAAAUAUAUUAUACACUUUUUUUUGUAUUUCCAAUUCUCACAUUGUAGUUAAUCAUUAUCCAACGUUUAUUCAAUGAAGUUGAUGACCUAGUUUCUCUUUGCGUGUAAGUAAUGGAAUGUUUUGUUACGUUUUUUAAAUGAAAUAAAUUGUUUCUGCUUUAUGAGUAACA